GGGCGUGGCGGGAAGCGGGAGGCGCCGGCAUUCGCUCCUCCCCCUCCCAUGGGGAUUCCCCUCCCCUCCCCCCGCCCGCCAUGGCUUCGGGGGGGUUCCCCGCGGCCCCGCCCCCCCCGCUGCUCACCUGGGGGGCUCAGGUGGGGCGGGGGGCGCGGCGGGCGCUGCUGCGGGGGGCGCUGGGGCUGAGCCUGGCGCUGCUGCUGCUCUGGGCCUCGCUCUUCCUCUACGGCUCCUUCUACUGGGCCUACCUGCCCGCGGCCGCCGUGCUGCGCCCGCUGCACCUGGCCUUCAGGUCGGACUGUGAGAGCCCCGGGCCCGAGCUCUGCUCCUUCCCCACGGCCAACGUGUCCCUGCUGGGGGAGCACCGCGAGAAGGUGCUGCUCUACGGGCAGCUGUACCGGAUCUCGCUGGAGCUGGAGCUGCCGGAGUCGCCGGUGAACCGCGAGCUGGGGAUGUUCAUGGUGGGGCUGACCUGCUAUGGCCACGGGGGGAAAACCCUGGCCACGGCCGAGAGAGCGGCCAUGCUGCACUACCGCUCCCGCCUGCUGCGGGCCCUGCACACCGCGGCCUUCGCCGGACUCUUCCUCAGCGGCUUCGCCGAGCAGAGCCAGACCCUGGAGCUGGAGCUGAUGGCGCGCUACCGCGAGGACCCCUACACGCCCACCGUGGGGGCUCUGGUGGAGAUCCGCAGCCGGCGGGUGCAGCUCUACGGGGCGCGGCUGCGCGUGCACGCGCACUUCAGCGGCCUCAGGUACCUGCUCUAUCACUUCCCGCUGACCUCGGCCGUGCUGGGCGUGGCCGGGAACUGGACCCUCCUGGCGCUGCUGACCCUGGGGGGGUACCUGCAGUGGGGGGAGGGGCCCCCCACCCCGCCCCCACCCCCGACAGGAGCAGCGGAGCCAGGAGGAGCCCCCGGGGAGGGGGAGGGGACAGAUCUUUCAGCCUCCCCCCAAAAUUCGGAGGAGCCCGAAAUCGUGGGAGCCUCGGAGCCCAGCCCAGACCCCCCCCUGCUCAGCGCCGCCCCCAAGGAGGGGGAGAUGCAGGAGGAAGAGGAGGAAGAGGGGGAGGGGGAGGAGGAAGAGGGGGUCACACCCCUCCCCCCCCUCCCGGACGGCCCCUCCCCCCGCCAGCGCCACGUCUGCUCCAGCUCCUGAGCCCCUCCCCCACCCCCCCCAAUUUUGGGGGCUGUCAAUAAAGGCUUUGGCCCCUCCCCCACCCCCCAAAAA